GCGCCCAGGUUGACAGCUCCAAGCUCCGCCCAGCAGAGCGAAGAGGAGGGCGGAUGUCGGAAUGAGAAACUGUCGCUGCCCACUGCUGCUGUACUGUGUCUUGUGGGUAGCUUAUCAACAAAACGCUGUGCUAUUUCGUCUGAGUUUACAAUCUUGUUUUUUACGACCAACUUCUCCUUCGGUCUACUUACCACCACUGUAAGUCCAUUUAACAGCUGUCAGCAGACAACUAGCGGAUCGUAAACAUAUAGCCGGGUCGUGUUUAAAAAAAAAAAAUAACUUGAGGGAGAUAUUUGAUAAAAACACAAACUACUUUACAAGAGUAAGCGUUAUAACCAGACUUUCUUUACGACUUCCACGUAGUUGGGUUGAUUUGAUUGAUAGUGAUUGCUGGAACUUCUGCAGGCGAGUAACUUCAUCUCUGCAUCCCAGCACGUUUUAAGCGAAGUCAGAGAUUAACUUCCGCUGCAGAUUUUUCUUUACCACAUGCUGUUCACAAGAAAACAACCGGACUGCUUACUCACAGUUUAGAUGGGGAGCCAUGCUGGAGGAAUAAUUAAGGUAUGCAUAUUCAUAAAUUCUUAAGUGCCUUCUUCAAAAUCUAAUGGAAGACAAAGCAUUAACUGGGCCUGCCAUGGUGUCCAGAUUGCCAAAGUUUGGUGGGCGCCCCACAGGUGGUGGGAAUAGUUCUGUGUGCAAUGGUUCCACACAGUCGCCUACAUCUAUGCAAGAUGGCAAAACUAAUUCACAUGGAAUACGCUCAAAUUGUUUGAUCCGGCCCGCUCCACCAUACCUGAAAUGGAAGAAAGAUGAUGGUAUGAACUUUUCUAGCCCCAGCACACUUAUGAUUCCAUGGGAUGGAAAUGAAGAGAAGACACAAUACCAUGUGCCCUCAUUACCUGAGGGGAAAAGUAGCUCUCAAUCAACACCUAAGAUGCGUAGGUCAGGUGCUUUGAUGGUGGCUACCUCCAGCCCAAAAACUGUUCCCAAACAGCUGACAAAGAAAAACCCCAAAGUGACAAAAGUUGGUCAAAACCAACUGAAUGGGCUUUCUAAAGUAACCUAUAGUACAUCUGGCAAUCCUGCUCGAACUGGGUCGGAGUCGCGCCUUGUGCGGCCAAUGUUAGGCACCAACUCUCCAAGAAGCAGUUCUCAGGAUAGCCUUUCACUAUCCCGAGAGAACCGAAAGAUCUUGACGUUGGACCACAUGGUGCGUUCAAACAGCUUAACUCACUUCAAACAGAUUCCCUCCCCCAGCUGUGAGCCAAUGACACGGUCCUUCUCCUUUAAUCGGGCUGUGGAGUUAGCUAAACCCCUGGCCAACACCCAACUUCGGCCUCCUCGCAGUAAUUUCCUCAAGCCACCACGGGUCAGCAACGGAAGAUUGUGUUUAGGACUAAGCAGUAACCUUGGAGAUUCAGGUUUUCAGUACAGUAAAAGCCUUCCAGCUGACUCCUCGUUGCCUAACCCAUCUUACCCUGCCAUGCCCACCACUCCACAAGGCUUGAGGAAACCUCAGCUUCCUAAUUCUGUUUUGACAAAGUCACUGACAAACAGUGUGGGAUCUCUAGGUUACAGAUCGGGUUCGACCACACAGGGUAAACAACAGACAUCUCUGUUUCCAGAUCAGCCCACAGAGGGCGUUAGAUCUUCUGUCUUAUCUGACUCUGGUGGACUUCUAAGGAUAUCGAAAGGGUCUGAGCCAACCGAUGAAGAUGGGAAAGCAGAUUCAUCCAGUUACAGUGGUGGAAGCUCUGGAGUUGAAAAUGGCACUCAUGACCAGAGCUCUGUUCAGAUGGCUACCGAAACCCUGGAGGACAUGUCCUUAUCUUCUGCCUCAUCGCUGGAAAGAGGUGACACCAGUGAAGAGAUUCUAGACGAUUGUGACUCUGCAGGAGAUGUUUUUAGUGAUGGAGACAUUCCUGUCUGCACUACUCAAACCAUCUUGCAGAGGUCUUCCAAUGACAACACAGGCUGGGAGCCUGUAGAUCUGACAGAAAAUAAAGAGGACAGCCCGAUGCAGAAAUCGGAAGAAUCUACGCAGGGUUCGUUGGUGUUGUCUCCGGCGCAGAGUGAUGCUCCUCAGGGUUCAUCAUUGGAGCUGUCUCCCUCCAAUAGCUCUGGUGGGACCUAUAUGUGGGAUGAAGAGGGUCUUGAGCCUCUUGGGGAGCUCAAGUCUCCACUAGCAAGUUAUGAGAAUUCGGAGAUCAACAGCAUGGACAUCUUGAACAACCUGGACCCUCUGGGAACUGGAGAUUUGGACGAUAAUGAUCUCAUGCUGGAUGUGGACCUCCCAGAGGAUAGCUUGCACGACUUUGACAGCAUGUCUCUCAUGGAGGGCUCAGACAGAGGUAGCCGACAGGGGCAGCGACGCAAGCAGCACCGCUGGAGUGGCCCAGAUCACUUCUUCCAUGACAGCAGGCUUCAUUUCUUUAGUAAUUAUGACAAUCACAAGACUUCCAGGUUUCCUUCUCGUCCCAUUCAGUUUGAUGGCAAGCAGCCAGUCUAUAAACCAAUGUUGGAUGAACUCACUCUGGAGCACAUGACACAGGACUGCAGCGUGCUGAGGAAUCAACUUCUCAGGCUCAAAACGUUACUUCAGCUUGAAGAAACAGGGUCUCCAGCAGAUGUUUGUGAGCAGACGGAAGACAAUACCACUGUGUCACAGAUGGAGGCCCUGAUUAAGGAAGUGCAGGUGCUCAGGGAGGAGCUGAGGGGUAGAGACAAGACUAUAGCUCUGCUCACUCUGCAGUGCCAGCAGCUACAGCAUCAUCAGCAGCAGCAGCGCAAUCAAAUGCCCUACGAAGGUCAGCAAGUUAGAUGUCAGUGCCGCCAUCGGAGGACGUCCACUUCAUUACAUCACAGCGAAAGACAGAUGGACACACGGAUGCAGCAGUACGACAAAGCUACGCAGACGUAUUGGAGAACACCGAGCAACCCUGGUGUGCUGCCCAACCCCUUGCUGACCCCUUGGCAUGCACAGCAGCAGGGCUUGAUCCGUACCAGCAUGCCCCAGCGCAGACACAGAGUGGAACAUCUAGUGCACUACUUCACUGACACAGCGUGGUACAGUAACCCUUUCUUUAAUGUGAAGAUGCUGCUCCCUCAGACCAACACACCGCACUGGAGUUUGGCGUCAGAGGGCGCGACAGAAGCAUGUCAUUGUACAGCUGUUGGCAUGAUUUGUUUUUGGUUUUUCAGCUUUUACUUUGCACAAAUUCUCCAUUGAUUUUGUAGAUGAUAAUAAAGAGUCCUACGGUGUCUUGUAAAAACCUUUUUUGUUCAUAUUUUGCCACAAACACAAACUUUGACAGAUUUUUCUGGGGUGGGGGUUUGUGAUAUGCCAACAUAAAGAAGUGCAUGCGCACGGAAGAAAAAAAUGAUAAAUGGUUAAAAAAUCUUUUUGCAAAAAUGUAAUAAAAAAAAACGAAAACUGCAUUACACAAUGUUUUGGAAUAGGCUGAAUCCAGAUCUGAUUGCGAGACUUUUAACUUCUUUACAAAGAAGUGCAGUAGAUGUGGAAAGCUGCUAGAGACAUACCCCAUAAGACUUGCUGCUGCAUCUGGGAAGGCUGAAAACAUGCAGCGCGUUUGAAAACCAUAUUUCUUUUUUUUACUUUUGCUCCAAAAAGUCAUGCACUACUAUUUUAAUCAAACCCAAUGAAAUCCUCAAAAAAACUUUAAAGUUUGUUUUGUGUUGAGAUUAAAAUAUGAAAAGUUCAAGCAUGAGUGUGAAAAUGUUUGUGAUAUACAGCUGAGCAGCUUUGUGGUUUAAAAAAAAAAAAAAAAAAAACUAUUUUGUUUCCAACUUUGAUUUGUCUUGUUUAUUUAUGCCAUCACAUUAAGUCCUGUGCAUGUUUUUCUUUUUUUUCCUUCUUUCCAGCUUUAUCAUUUAAGGUUCAAAACUCACUCACAUUUAGUAAUGAUCUUGUGUUAAUGGGUGCAGAUACAUUUCAUACCUGUAGUCGUCUGUGUAAAGCAUGAAACAACUUCUCUUGUUCUUUUAACUCCGAUCCAGCCUUCAGCAUGGUACGUCACAAUAUUGACGGUCUCAUCCAGGCUUUUGCUACUAUCAUGUCCUUCAGCAAACUCUCACAAUUUCUCAGUCUAUAUAUUCCCCUUCCUGCAUGCUGUUUUCCAGUCACUCGCUUACUCCUCGUGGUGAUUGAAGCUGCAGACGAGACAGAUCGCCGUUGGCCACGACAUCUUCCAGGUGCCGCAAAUUGGCACUUGGGUGAAUUUCUGUUAACGCGAUAGCUAUCAUUAGAAGCUGAGAUAUUUACCUGCAUGACAGUGCAUCAGAAAGCUCCGAGUGAUUGCUGCAAAUUAUUAGUAUCUGGAGCAGACACCUGUAGAUGCAAAUAAUUACUGUAGGCAUGUCAUGCCGCCAUCACACACUGUCUCCCCCUCAGCCAGGAGGAGGUAUAUAAAUACGCUGUGCCAUGUGGGCUAAUGACAUGCCUUACAAUUAAAGGUGCCAGGUUACUGACAUGCUUCCAUUAAUAGACUUUUCAGACCGGAUUUGUUAUGAACUCCAGAUGAAACGUAGAAAUAAAGUCGGCUUUUAAAGUUUCUCAGCGUGACUGCAGAUGAGAUCAAAACAUGAAAUGGGAUAAAAGUUGUGUUUUAUCCACUUUGUUGAUUAUGCUCAUGUCGCUUGUUAACAAAGCGCAUGGUGACAUCUGCUAAUUGUGAUUUGUCUUUUGAAUUACCGGAGCCAUCAAGGAGUUCUUUCUCUCUUACACUGAAUAUGCAAAAAACAAACUAAUAACAUAGUGGAAUGGCAAAGAUAUUAUGCCCUUAUGCAAGAAGCACCACAAACAUUUAUUCAUAAGACAGUUUGAGUUGCAAGUCUUUGACAAGAAAACAACAGUUUCACUUGGCAGAAUUGGUCCAAAAAUAAGCUGCAGUGUGGCAGGGGGCCAGGAGAUGGAGCUGUGGUGCCUAACAUUGUACUCCAACCCACAGCAGAAAAUGACCACUGGUGGAAACAUACACAGCAAACUUGACCUGUGCAGCUAUAUAUACAUAUGUGUGUGUGUGUGUGCCUCCUUUGAGAUCCUCUUACCUUCUACUCAGAGGAGUAUAGUUGUGCUAAGAUGGGAUUCAGGCUCAUUAGUAGCUGUUCAUGGUUUCAGGUGGGUUGAAUACUGCAAGAUCCUGCCAAGGCACAGAGGUCCCGAAAGACCAGCUGCUCAGAUAUCCAGAGGUAAAAUAUGAUGGCCAUUGAUAGUUUACAGAUAUAUGUGAAACUCAACGGCUCAUGUUAGAAACAGCAUUACGUGUCUGUAUUGAUGUUCCGGGCUACUUAGAAUAUGAACACAAAUCGACUUUUUCUGGAAUAAAUCUGAAGUGGACGUGAAGAAAAGUUGAAGUUGGCUUGCUAUGUUGUAUAACCCCUUGAAUUUAUUUGUGUUUUGUCACAGUACAACUGCACAGUUGGAAGUUUGUGUGGGGAUUUAUAGUGAUAAAAUAAUACUUGUAUUAUUUUACUUUUAUAAAAGAUAUGUCGGAUCCCAGUAUGAAAAAACAGUAUGGUUUCAGUAUUUGGUUGGCUUUUGUAGUUUAUUUGCUUGAAUAGUGGUUAAUUGCGGCAGAUUCCAGUAUUAAACAAUAACAUCACAAUUUUGUGUUUUUCCUAAGUAGAAAUCUGAAAAGUGUGGCAAGAAUUUUCUGGAAUAAUCCCAUCUCAACCCUGUGUAGAUCCACCCUUCAUUGCAGCUGCUAGGCUACGUUGCUGUCAGCAUUGCACCUUUUUAGCCAGUUUUAUUUGCAAAAUAUCUCAGUCAGGGGGAAUUGAAAGUGUCUGUAAACUAUUCUUUUCAAGACUUCAUAGAGAUUUUUUGUUUUAGGUUUUGACUUGGCCAUCCAUACACAUAAAUAUGCUUUGAUCUAUAAAAAAAAUCAAGCUAACCUUGUAGCUGCUGUUGUAUGUUUAUGCAUUAUUUUUCUCUAAAUGAAGUCAUUUUGAACAAAAGAGCAAUAAAGGUUAUGCUAAUAAUUUGCCACUCAACUUGUACUAUUUGCAGCUAUAUUUUCUAUUCAUCUUAUUGGAUUGAUGUCGUGCUGGAAGGUGAACCCCCAUCAUAGGUUUAUCAGUUAUUUUGACAUCCUGCAACACGUUUCCUUCAGAUGGGACAGCUUACCCGACUCAGCUAAAAAAGAGGGAGCCCCACAGCAUGAUGCUGCCACCACGAGGUUUAAAAAUCCAGACCGAGUGUUUACGUUUGAUGUUCAUUAUUAUUUUACACCACAUAUUGCUUUUUGCAUGUUUAAGGUGUUACUUUGUGUUGGUAUGUGAUAUGUUGAGGUUUGUUGCUGUAAAAUGAAAAAUUCCAUAAGAUCUGAACGAUGUGGGGAAAAAAAACCCCACUGUAUUGUUUUGUAAAAACAGUUCUUUUAAGGCUGGAAUGUGAAGAGAUCGGAAAGAAGAAAUCACUGCAAAACCGGUCCUGGUUUAGACAGCUUCAGUUUAAAACUGUAAGCAUCUAAAGGGAAAAGUGGAUAUUUAUUGUAAUUUUGUUGUCUCUAAGAUACCUCUGGUUUAAUUGUCAGGUGGUUCAACAAUCCCACAUGCAAACUAAAAAGAGUACAACAUGAAAAACUUCUUCCCUGCUUGUUUUUAAACCUUUCCUGUGUGUCGUUGCUUUUUCCCAUCUUGGGAACCGUUAGGGGCCCGUCAAAGAAAACAGCCUUCAUUUUGAAGAGUAAACUAACAAGUGGGGAAAAAGGCAGAAUGUUUGUAUGCUUUCUGAUUUGAAAAUUCAUUCACAGCAGCAAAAUACUCAGCAGCGUGGUUACCAUGGGGAUCACAAACACACCACCUCUGAAAUAAUG